UCAGGAGAUGUUAAAUAUAUCUAAGUAGUCAGCUUCUUGCUUUGUGAACUUCUCCAGACUACAGCAGAUCACAAAUAUGCAAGCUGACCUCUACCAGAAAAACCUGGAAAUUGAACUUUUAAAACUAGAAAAAGAUGCAGCAGAUGUUGUUCAUCCUUCCUUUUUGGCUCAGAAGUGUAAUGCUCUGCAAAACAUGAAUAAUCAUUUGGAAGCAGUGCUAAAAGAGAAGAGAUCCCUGCGGCAAAGACUAUUGAAACCCAUGUGCCAGGAAAACUUGCCUAUUGAAGCUGUUUAUCACAGAUACAUGGUACAUUUGCUGGAGUUGGCAGUGCCUUUCAUGGAAAGAUUAGAAAACCAUCUUGAAACAAUUAGAAAUAUCCCUCAUUUAGAUGAAAAUCUCAAGAAAAUGAGCAUGGCUUUAGCAAAAAUGGAUAUUUUGGUGACUGAGACAGAAGAACUGGCAGAGAAUAUACUCAAGUGGUGAGAACAACAAAACAAAGUCUCCUCUUGUAUCCCCAAAAUACUAGCCGAAGAAAAUUAUCUUCGUAAACAUGAUGUUACAGUGCCGUCUUUACCUUUUACUUCUAAAGUUCAUGUCCAAACUGUUAAUGCCAAGUGA